GAAAAUGGGCAGCACGUGCCGCGGCCACCGCCAUCGCGGGUGAUUCGAGGGCUCCUCACAAGGCGAGAGUGGAGGGCGGGAGGGGCCGGAGAACGCGCCUGUGAUUGGCGGUACGGAGCUGCGGGGACGCUUGUGAUUGGGCGAGGCCACACAGAGGUCUGCUUUUUGAACCGCGUAGGGUUCUGGGUAGCAAAGGCCUUGGAAGGGUCUUAACCGAAAGAGGGAGGGGGAAGGUCGCCAACAAACGGCUGAGCUCACAAUCCGGCCCGGGACCCGUCCGGGGCGUUCCCCUGCGCCCAUGGAGAGAGCCAGGCCAGAACCGCCGCCUCAGCCACGCCAACUGCCGCGGGCGACCCCGCCGCGUCCACUGCGCCCCGCUCCGCCCCAGCUGCCGGUCGAGGGCACCCCCUUUCGGGCAGCGGCCGCGGAGCCCCCUCCGUCGCCCCCAGCCCCGUGCGCGGCCGCCAUUGCGACCGUGGCCUCGCCGUGCGGGGAGGUACCGGCGUCGGGCGUACAGCCCUCGGCACGGCGGCUGCUACAGGUGAAGCCGGAGCAGGUGCUGCUGCUCCCGCCAGGGCCACCACUGCCUCAGGCCAGGGACGAAGACGCCGCCACCUCGCCCGCGCAAGCGCGGCUGUUGCAACUGAGGCCCGAGCUGCUGCUGCUGCCGCCGCCGCCACCGCCCACAUCCGAGGGCGCCCCCUGCAGGCCCGAGUUGCAGCCGGUGCCGACCCGGGCGCUGCAGAUCAAGGAGGAGAAGCAGGAGCUGGGGUCCAGUUUGGAUCCCUCGGUGGGGCCUCGGAGAGCUGUCGAGGCGAGCCCGAGGGCCUCCAGGAUGGCCAAGGUGGAAGGCCCUGGGUCGGCCCUGGAGAGUCACCGAGGGGAGCAGAAGAAGGGCAAGUUGGAGGCGGAGGAGGUCAUGCGGGACUCAGAGAAAGGCGGGGAAGGCAAAAGCUUGAUGGCCGUCAGAGAAGGAAUCAUCAAAACCGAAGAGCCCGAGAGACUCCGCGAGGACUGCAGAUUCGACCGGGAGCCUGCGUCUAAUGGGCUGGUCCAUGGCAGCAAGGAGGUGGUCUUGGCCCAGUCCAGCGCCUUUGGGACACACCAGCAAGACCUCAGGAUCCCUUUGACUCUCCACACCGUCUCCCCUGGGGCCCAGAUCCAAUUUCAGGGACCUCCAGCUUCAGAGCUGAUACGAUUGACCAAGGUUCCCUUGACACCAGUGCCCAUUAAAAUGCAAUCCUUACUGGAGCCUUCUGUAAAAAUUGAAACCAAAGAUGUCCCGCUCACCGUACUUCCCUCAGAUGCAGGAAUACCAGAUACUCCCUUCAGUAAGGACAGAAAUGGUCAUGUGAAGCGACCCAUGAAUGCGUUUAUGGUUUGGGCAAGGAUCCACCGGCCAGCACUAGCCAAAGCUAACCCAGCAGCCAACAAUGCAGAAAUCAGUGUCCAGCUCGGGUUAGAGUGGAAUAAACUUAGUGAAGAACAAAAGAAACCUUAUUAUGAUGAAGCUCAAAAGAUUAAAGAAAAGCACAGAGAGGAAUUUCCUGGUUGGGUUUAUCAGCCUCGGCCAGGGAAGCGAAAACGCUUCCCUCUAAGUGUUUCCAAUGUAUUUUCUGGUACCACACAGAAUAUCACAUCUACAAAUCCUACAACAAUUUAUCCUUACCGCUCACCUGCCUACUCUGUGGUAAUUCCCAGCCUACAGAACACCAUCAUUCAUCCAGUUGGUGAAGCUCCACCUGCCAUCCAGCUGCCCACACCUGCAGUCCAGCGCCUAAGCCCCAUCACACUUUUUCAGCCCACUGUCUCCAGUACUGCCCAGGUGGCCGUCCAGGCUCCAAGUCUGCCCCUCCGCCCAGCACUCUCACCCCAGCGCUUUGCUGGGCCCUCCCAAACGGACACUCAUCAGCUGCAUUCUGGAGCCAAUCACACUGUAAAGAGACCCACACCUGUCUCUCCGGAGAGCACCAACAGGAUUCCAACUAGUCCAAGUACUGCCCAUGCCAGAUUUGCACCCUCGACCAUCCAGCCUCCCAAGGAGUAUCCCAGCGUUUCCACUUGUCCCAGAAGUGCUCCAAUUCCCCAGGCUCCUCCUCUUCCACACUCACAUGUCUACCAGACCCCUCCCCUUGGCCAUCCAGCCACACUGUUUGGGACACCACCGCGAUUCUCUUUUCAUCAUCCUUACUUCCUACCUGGACCUCACUACUUCCCAUCAAGCACGUGCCCUUACAGCCGGCCUCCCUUUGGCUAUGGAAAUUUUCCAAGUUCAAUGCCAGAAUGCCUUGGUUAUUAUGAAGACAGGUACCAAAAACAUGAGGCUAUGUUUUCAGCUUUAAACAGAGACUAUCCUUUCAGAGACUACCCAGAUGAACGCACACACAGUGAAGAUUCUCAGAGUUGUGAGAGCACGGAUGGGACCUCUUACUAUAAUAGCCAUAGCCACAGUGGGGAAGAAUACCUAAACCCCAUGCCUCAGCUGGACAUCGGAGUCUUGGAGAACGUCUUAACAGCGCCUACCUCAACUCCCUCCAGCAUCCAGCAAGUCAAUGUCACGGAUAGUGAUGAGGAGAAAGAAGAAAAAGUGCUCAGGAAUUUAUAAUUUUCAAACAAAUAUGCACAGAAAAUAAACAUUUCUUAAAAUAUAUUCUGGGUCAAUUGGUGUGAGAAAAAAAAAAAAAAAAAAAGCCUAGAAUGCUUUGCUGAGAGUUUUCAGCCAUGAUUUGAGGAGUCAAACCAAAUGCAAUGUAUGCCUUCAUAAAGUUUUUAUUAGUGAAACUGGAGUCCUGAUGUUUCAUCGUAGGACUGUUUAAGAUACAAAGUAGUUUCUUUUUAUGGCAGAAAUUUGCAUCAACAUAUAUUUUCAUCACUUAUCUUGGAACGUGCAAAUUACUGAAUCCUCACAAUUAUAUGUGAGGAAUAAGGGAGUAUAUAUCUGGCAUGACAAGUGUGAUUUGUAUUUUAUUUCAGAAUACACUUAUUUAUUUUUCUUAUAUGAUUUUUUGUUUGGUCUUUAUGUAAUACUUAUGGAUGUCAAUUUUUAUGUAACAUUUUGAAAAUAUUUUGAUAACUUUUAAUAGUGAAUUGGGACUCAGUUACUAAAUUUCAUUUAUACUGAUAACCAAUUAUAAGUUGCAAAUGUGUUUUAAUGUCACCUGGCUAAUUCCUUCAGCUAAAUUAGUCAUUUCUGUUUCUAAACAUUUUCAUCAUCCUUUUUGGAUAUCUUUUUCCAUUUGGUAUUCAUUGUUCUACUUUUGUUAUAAUUAAAGAAAUAUAGAUAAAAUUGUU